CUAUGGGAGUUGGUGGUUGGUGCCGUUGGUGGCUUCGUGUUGGUUCGGUCUAUCUCGCUACUUGUCACCGCUUCGGCCCCUCGACUCUGUUCCACCGUACAAAGGACUACGACUUACCAUGUCGGAGCAUGACGACACUUUGCUGGACGAAGAUCUCGGGGACGAGGAGUACGAUCUGGGUAACGACGAGGAGGAGGCCCUCCUAGCGGACGACUAUGAACUGGAAAGGCAGAAUAGCUAUAAGGGAGAAGAGGAAACAGAUGAUGUGCUGGACUUAGGAGUCACGGACGCGCUCGACGACUUAGACGCUGAAGAUGAAAAUAUAGAGUUUAGUAGAGGCAAUACUGAUAAACGUAGCGAUAACGAUUUCUAUAAGGACGGAGAGCACCCGGAGGCGCAGUCGACGUCGUCGUAUUACGAGCAGGACGAGAAUGCCGAGUACGCGAACGAACACGAGGCGUUGCCUCAGUCCGGCAGAAAUUCGGAGUCGAGUAGCGUUAAUGUUUCGGGCAUGGGCGAUCUGCGCGAGAAGAUCGUGCAGAAAAACGUGCAGAAGAGCAUGUUGUACGUCGGCAACGGGCAGGGAAUGGAGGACGACGACUGCGAGGAGGCGAAGGAGAGGCGGAACAGAUUUCAAAACGAGCGCACGAUGAUCUCGCUGAAGAUGAACAGCGACAUCCCGGACACCCUGGAGAACGUCCUCACGUCUACGGAGCUGUCCAGAGCGCCGUUCCGGGGAAGAGGACGGGGUCGUGGGAUCAGGGGGAGCCGAGGAGGGAGAUUUAAUGUACAAAAUACUGGAAACUUCAAUCCAAGGUUUGGUACGAUACGGCCGUUUGAAAAUCAGCCGCCUGCGUGCAGACCGCCACUGAUAGAGACCAGACCGCCGUGUGGUCCUCUCCUUGGCGUACCAAGUAACGUACAAAAUCAGCAGAUAAUGUACCAACAAGCUAAUCCACAACCACCCUUCCAACAGCCCUUCGGUCCGAACGGUCCGAUGCAAGGGCCGCCGGCGCAAUUCGUGGAGAACAGGCCGCAGUUCAAUCCCGGGCCGUUUCAGGGCCCGGGGCCGCGCCCGAUCGGCUCGAGGCCUCCUCCCGAGUACGGGCCCAGGGGUCCCCUCGCCGCCGGAUCCAUGCAGGGACUGAGCUUCAAUUGCCUGCCCAAUCAGCAGCCGUAUCUCCCGAUGCAGCCGCCGUUUCAAAGUCCAGCCGGCCUCAUGGUUCAGGAGAACCGGCCGAUGCAGGAGAACCGGCCGAUGCAGGAGAACCGACCGAUGCAGGAGAACCGGCCGAUUCAGGGUAAUCAGGGGCCCUUGCUGCAGGGCGCGGGAUUGCUCCUCGGUAAUUCGAGCAUGCUGCUGCCCGCGAAUCUGUCGAUGCUGCCGCCGGCGGGGAACCUGCCGAUGCCGCCUAUGCAGGGAUUCCCGCGGCAGCAGCCGCCCGCUCAGGGCCCCCCGCCGCCCGUGCAAAACCUGCCGCCGGGCGUGCAAAUGCCUAGUCAGCCGCCCUUCGAGAACAGGCUGCCGCAGUUCCAGGAACCGCCGUUCCAAGAGAGUCGCGGCGCGUACGACACGAGGGCUGGUUAUCAUUCCGAUCAAGUACCCAAUAGCCAAUUUAAUAAUACGAUGGCACCGGCACCGCCACAGUCGGUAUCCAAUGUGUCGCACGGUGUGUCUUUGCCUCCAGGCCACAAAAUUCUAAUCAACCCUCAUUUCAGAGGCACCGUUCAGCCCGCGAACGACUCUCGACUGGUAUGGGACUCCAAUCAGCAAGUCCAGCCGCAGGCUUCUCACAGCGGACAAUUUCCACAACCUCCCUCGUCGUAUCAGAAUCAGGGGUCGUACAAUCAGUCUCAGCAGGGUCCGCCGCAGUAUCAGCGGAACUAUCAGCAAAACAAAAGUGAUGACCCGUAUGCAUAUUUCUCCGACGUGUGGCAAGAAAACAGGCCGCAGAGACCUCAAAAUAUGAGCCCGAGCAAGCAUUACUCUUCAGACAGUAAUUAUGGUCGCGAGAGUAAUUAUAGCGACAGUAAAUAUAAAUCGGAGGGCCAGUGGGAUCAAAGGGAUAAUUAUCAAGAAGAUCACAGAGGCUCCCAUCAGAGUUACCGAGAGAGAGAGUUGCCGUUGCGAACAAGAAACGAUCACGUACAGAGAAGCAGAACGCCGCCGAAUAUGUAUCGCAACGAUCCUUACGAUCAAAAGAUCUCGAGACCGGUGAACGUCGUGCCCCGUGGCGUGAACAGGCCUCCGCAAAAGAGGAUCUCCGAGUCGUCGGAUAAAGGACCGCGGGAGAUGAGCCCGAAACGCAGUAAGCCGCCCAACAGAAAUCUCCAAGAGGUGCGAAGAGCGGACACGGUAGACGAAACCGUUGCCGACAAGGAGGAGGAUAACGAUCCGGAGAUGCAGGAGUACCGUAAGAAGAUGGAGGAGCAGAAACGUCUUCGGGAGAAGUUGCUGCGCGAGAAAGAAAACAGGCGUAAAAUGGCCGCGAUAGAGAAACAAAAUGAAGAUGCGAAAACAGAUUCGAGCAUUGCCGCAGCGAACGAGAAUACGCAGCAAGAAACGAAGCCUGUGUCGACGCUGAUGGGGCUUGUAAACGACGGCGCUAUUAAAACUCGCCCUGGUGUUGCCAAAGGACGCAAUCGUCCUGUCAAUACACAGAGCACAGAGACAACGGACAGACCAUCUAAUGUGCGAAUUAUCCGAACGAUACAGACCACCGAUUUAUCUGACACGAGUGGUUCAAAAAGUAACACCGGACUUGCGACUAAUCAAGCCGGCGAUACUGUACAAACGAGACAAGUGGUGCAGCAGUCCGGCAUGCGAAGAGUCGUGAUACAGAAGCCUCUGUUGAACUCGCAAAAGAUUGCCACCACGAUACAAAAAACUGUCUCCAAUCUGCAAAAGAGUCAGGGAUUACAGCAGAAGAUCACCAACACGCAGGUCAUACAGACUCAGAAGAUUUUGCAGAAUCAGGGUAAUGCGUUGCAAAAGUCUGCGAUCGGUCCGAAAGCGACGGUCGUCAAUCAGAGAGUGGUGGCGCAUAAAACACCGGGUGGCCUGCAAAAGACCGUGAUCAACGACAGCGCGAAUGUUCACGGCCAGAAGGUCACGAAUGCGCAGCAAAAUCCCCAGCGAAUUGUGCUGCAAAAGUCUGCGGUUCAAGCGAAGAAGUUACCCGAGAUAAAGACAAACACGGUUAAAUUAGAAAAUUUGGCCGCGAGCACGUCUGAGGCCCAAAUCAGACGUAUGUGUCAAGCCAUCGGAACCAUUGAGAGCAUACGCAUGGGCGAGGGUAGCGCAACCAUUGUGUUUAAGACGCAAUCUGCCGCUAUGGUGUUUCACAAGAAAUACCAGCGUAAAAUGCUCGAUCUAUCGCUGAUAACCGUACGUCUGGUGCCGCAAAGCGCACCCGGGAGUAAAGCGGUCACGGCGCUCGCGAAGAAAUCCUAAAGGGGAAAGAAAGAAUGUUGAGAUAUCCUCAGUAUAUCUUAAAUGUUAAUUUGAUGUAAACCGCGGACUAGAAGACGAUACUUUCCUCGUUUCAAGAUUCAUUGGACCUGUUCAAUAGAGAUAUAAAAAAAUGUAUCUAUAUUUUAUAUAUAUGCACAUACAUACACACAUACACAUAUACAUUCGUAUGCAUAUACAUGUUUCCAAAAGUAUAUUAUACACUGCAGAUAAGCUUGUAAAUUUUAGACGAUUCAGUUUUCAGUCCAAUAAUGAUGUAAAUGAUAAGUUUUCGUAACAUUCAAACGUAUACUGAAUGCAAUCCAAUAUUAUUUAUGCCUUCAUCUGUACAUAUGAUGAAAAAUUGUAUAUUUCAUAUAAUAUGUAAUGAUUUGCAUAUAAAAUAAAGUUAUUCGCAACAAUAUGAUAGCGCAGAAGAGAAAUAGUAA